AAAAUCACAAACUCAAAAAUCCCACGACAAAAACAAACACAAACUGACAUACCCGCCCUCUUCUUCACCUUUUCUCAGUCGAAAUUUCAUCCAGAAAUCCAAUCUUUACCCCCUCAAUUCUCCGGCAUUGCCUAAUUCUUCGAAAGAUUUCAACCUAUCAUAAUCUGGUUAAUUUCCAGUACUCUUUAGAUGGUUCACUCUGCUUAUGAUUCGUUCCAACUUCUCAGUGAUUCUCCAAUCAAGAUUGAUGCAAUCGAAUCCUAUGGCCCGAAAUUAUUGCUAGCUUGUUCAGAUGGAUCUCUUAGAAUCUACAGCCCGGAAUCCUCUUCAUCAUCCUCCGAUCGAUCUCCGACCUCCCCUGAUUACCACCACCCUCAGGAGCUGAAGAAGGAAGCUUAUGUCCUUGACCGUACAAUCAAUGGGUUUUCUAAGAAACCCAUGAUCGCAAUGGAAGUUCUUAGGUCGAGGGAGCUUUUGUUUUCACUGUCGGAAUCUAUUGCGUUUCAUAGGUUGCCCAACUUGGAAACAAUGGCUGUCAUCACCAAAGCUAAAGGGGCCAAUGCUUAUUCAUGGGAUGAUAGAAGGGGAUUCUUGUGCUUUUCGAGGCAGAAAAGGGUGUGUAUCUUCAGACAUGAGGUGGGAAGAGGGUUUGUGGAGGUCAAAGAAUUUGGUGUUCCAGAUACUGUGAAGUCUAUGGCUUGGUGUGGGGAGAACAUCUGUUUGGGAAUUAGGAGGGAGUAUGUGAUAUUAAAUUCUGCUAGUGGUGCAUUGUCAGAGGUGUUUCCUUCAGGGAGGAUUGCCCCACCACUGGUGGUCUCUCUUCCUACCGGUGAGCUUCUUUUGGGAAAGGAUAAUAUUGGAGUGUUUGUUGAUCAAAAUGGUAAGCUUCUCCAAGGAGGCAGGAUUUGUUGGUCUGAUGCUCCCGCUGUUGUUGUCAUUCAGAAGCCAUAUGCAAUAGGUCUCUUACCAAGACAUGUAGAGAUACGGUCUCUGCGAGAGCCCUAUCCUCUGAUUCAGACGGUUGUCCUUCGUAAUGUGCACCGACUGCUUCAAAGCAAUAAUGCUAUAAUUGUAUCACUUGACAAUGCCGUUCAUGGUUUAUUUCCAGUUCCUCUUGGUGCACAGAUAGUGCAAUUAACUGCAUCAGGGGACUUUGAAGAAGCAUUAGCACUAUGUAAAUUGCUUCCACCAGAGGAUUCAAGUCUCCGAGCUGCAAAAGAGCAGUCAAUUCAUAUGAGAUAUGCACACUAUUUGUUCGAAAAUGGGAGCUAUGAGGAAGCUAUGGAACACUUUUUGGAAUCACAAGUGGAAAUUACAUAUGUGCUGUCUUUAUAUCCAUAUAUUGUUCUUCGAAAGUCCUCCUUAAUCCCCGAACCGGAAAAGUUUGUUGAUAUGUCUGGAGAUGCUUCGUAUCUCUCUAGGGCUUCCUCUGGUCUUUCUGACGAUAUGGAAUCUCCACCCUCUCACAUGCUGGAGCCUGAUGAUAAUGCUGAUCUAGAAUCUAAGAAAGUAAGCCACAACACACUUAUGGCCCUAAUUAAGUUUCUACAGAAAAGGAGGUACAGUAUUGUAGAAAAGGCUGCUGCCGAGGGAACCGAUGAGGUAGUAUCAGAUGCUGUAGGGAGCAACUUUGUUCCUUAUGGAAGUAACCGCCCUAAGAGAUCAAUCAAAGGCAGGAGUUUGUCCCCUAUCAGCUCUGUGGCUAGAGAUAUGGCUGCAAUACUGGACACAGCACUGCUUCAAGCUCUUAUUCUAACUGGACAGUCAUCUUCCGCUUUAGAACUAUUGAAAAGUCUUAAUUAUUGUGACGUGAAAAUCUGUGAGGAGUUUUUGCAGAAAAGGAAUCAGUAUGUUUGUUUAUUAGAACUUUACAAAUGCAACACAAUGCAUCGAGAAGCUCUUAAGCUCCUUCAUCAUUUAGUGGAGGAGUCAAUGUCUGAACAACCCCAAAUUGAGCUCACGGAAAAGUUCACUCCUGAGAUGAUAAUUGAAUAUCUUAAACCUCUUUGUGCAACUGAUCCAAUGCUAGUCCUGGAGUUUUCAAUGCUUGUUCUGGAAAGCUGUCCGGUGCAAACUAUUGACCUAUUCUUGUCCGGAAACAUUCCAGCAGAUCUGGUUAACUCUUACUUAAAGCAGCAUGCUCCGGAUAUGCAAGCCACGUAUUUAGAACAUAUGCUUGAUAUGAAUGAACAUGGCAUCUCAGGCAGUCUUCAGAAUGAAAUGGUGCAAAUCUAUCUUUCGGAAGUGCUUGAUUGGUAUGCUGAACUUAAUGCUCAAGGAAAAUGGGAUGAAAAAACAUACUCUCCAAGGAGGAAAAAGUUAUUGUCUGCACUGGAGAAUAUCUCUGGAUAUAGUCCAGAGGUAUUGUUGAAGAAGCUUCCACCAGAUGCAUUAAAUGAAGAACGGGCCAUCCUUCUGGGCAAAAUGAAUCAACAUGAACUUGCCUUGUCCAUUUAUGUUCAUAAGUUGCAUGUUCCUGAGUUGGCAUUGGCGUAUUGUGAUCGUGUGUAUGAGUCUGGACUUCAACAGCAAUCAGGAAAGCUUCAUGGCAAUAUAUACCUAACUCUGAUGCAAAUCUAUUUGAACCAAACAAAGACAACUAAAGACUUCGAAAAGAGAAUCAAUAAACUUGUAGUUUCUCAGAGCCCUGGGAUUGCCAAGAUCAAACCUGGGCCUCAGGCUAAAACAAAAGGACGUGCUGCUAAAAGAAGUGUGGAAAUUGAGAUUUCUGAAGACUAUCGAAUCAGUCCUAGUAGCACUGAUAGUGGAAGAAGUGAUGGAGAUGCCGAAGAUGGGAGUGAAGAAGGAGGUUCUCCUAUCAUGCUUGAUCAGGUUCUUGAUCUCUUGUGCCAAAGGUGGGACCGCAUGCAUGGAGCACAGGCUUUGAAAUUGUUGCCAAAAGAAACUAAGCUACAGAACUUGCUUCCGUUCCUUGGACCUCUUCUCAUGAAAACAAGAGAAGCAUAUCGCAACUUGUCUGUGAUUAAGGGUUUGAGAGAACACGAAAACUUUCAAGUUAAGGACGAGCUCUACAAUCAUAGGAAGACAGUUGUAAAGAUAACUGGCGAUAGCAUGUGUUCUCUGUGCAACAAGAAGAUAGGGACUAGUGUCUUUGCAGUAUAUCCAAAUGGGAAGACUAUUGUGCAUUUUGUCUGCUUUAAGGAUUCACAGAAUAUGAAGGCUGUAUCAAAAGGCUCAUCAAUGAGGAAGAAAUAAUCCUAAAAGAUACACGGGUUUUUGGAGUUCCUGUAUAUAAAUUUCAAUCUGUGCGCACACAAUGAUCCUUCAAAAGCAUGUUUUGCCGGGCAUUUAGAAAGAUCUUAAUCCUGGAAGCAUGUUUUGCUGACCACUGAGGAGGAUCUUCAAGUGUUCUCCAUAGCCGUGCCUUUUCCUGUAAGCCUGAUUUCUUUUUUGCUAGUGGUCUCCAAUAAGCUGACAACUGCAGAGUGUUCCAAGAGACAAAGUACAUAUGAGGUGAGUGUGCUACCACAUUGAACUGUUGUACCAUGAUUGUAAAUUACAAAAUCUGCAUUUGAGGGUAGUAAAGGAUUCUUGUAUGAGUAGUAAUUUAAUCUUGUGAUCGAUGUCGGCAUUGAGUUUGGUAUUGAUGCUGUUGUAAAGGUGGGUUGUCUUGUGAGCUGAGGCUGUGUUUUGUGUGUAUUAUGUCGCAAGCCUAGACCUUUUGUUCAAUGUAUUUCUUGAUUCUUCUAAAGAUUCUGGAAUUUGUUGUACAAUAUUCAUCAUUCUUUCCAGGAAAUGGUAGUAUUCUGUUAAAGUUGUACUUAUUAUCUUGUUUAUUGCAAUUUCAGUCACUUUUCUUUGGGUUUGACAAUUUUGUGACAUAUAAUACCCAAAUGAGAUAUAAAAUAUUGACC